GAAGGAGAGGAGGAGGCGCAUAGCCAAGCUGACUGCACAGACAUGCACACAACUAUAACUUCUGAAAGUGACGCCAGAGGCCACCGCUCCACCCCGCAAAAGGGGACACAGAAAAGUAACUUCUUCCUAUAAACACCACCACUCAUUUGACGACCGGAGCCAACGCAACAGUUUACAAGACCACACCAGCGACAAGGCUAAACUGUACGCGGCUAUAAAAUCAAAAGUCGAGAUAGUUUUCAAGAAAAAGUAACGUUUGGAAUUGCAAGCGCACACUAGCAAGAAACGCUUGUGAAGUUUCUCCCAGAUGUUCGGCAUCAUGAGCCGAAUGUCCUGCUUCGGUGUUCUUCUCAGGACGUCCGUCGUCCUAUAUCUGUUUCUCAAAGGCUCACAAGCUCAAUGCGCUCCCUGUACGAAUUUCAAAGCCAGUACAACAGCAACAGAGAUUAAUAUUCAGGUACACUCCAACUGCAGCGUGAGCACUGGCAGUACUUCAGUUUUCACCAACUCAACUAUGGCCACCCUGUCUGGACUGGCUCCUGGGUCCACCUACCUUGUGCAUGUCCUGUGUAACGAUAUCCAACAAGUCAACUGCUGCAAUAACUUCACAACAAAGCCUGAAACCAUCACAAUCCUCACUGUAACCAAAAUCACAACAUCAUCGGUGUCUCUGAGCUGGACUAAACCAGAGGGUAGCUCCUUCUAUAGAGUAAAGUGGACUGAUGGCAGUAUCAAUGACAGUCAGAAUACCACAGGAACUUCUGUAAAUAUUACUGGUCUCACUGCUGGAGUGCAGUAUGACUUCGCAGUCACUGCAGUGGCUGAAGAUAACAAAAGUGAAGGACGAAACAAAACCGUUUUGAAAUAUACAAAGCCUGCAAUCGUCAGGAAACUUACUGUGUCUGAAAUCAGAACAUCCUCUGUGUCUCUGAGCUGGACUGAACCAGAGGGAAACAGAUCCUUCUAUAUAGUACAGUGGACUGAUGGCAGUGACAUUGGCAGUAAGAAUACCACAGAAACCUCCACUACCAUCACUGGGCUGACUGCUGGAGUGCAGUACAGCUUCACAGUCACUGCAGUGGCUGGAGAUAAAACAACUGUAGGAGAAGGCAAUACAACAACCACUUUUACAAAGCCCGCAAUCAUCAGGAACCAUACUGUCUCUGAAAUCACAACAUCGUCUAUGUCUCUGAGCUGGACUGAACCAGAGGGAAACAGAUCCUUCUAUAGAGUAGAGUGGACUGAUGGCAGUAAAACUAUGAAUACAAGUACACAUGAGACAGCUUUCAACAUCAAUGAACUGACUGCCGGAGUUUGGUACACAUUCAGAGUCACUGCAGUGGCUGGAGAUAACAUGACAGAAGGAGUUGCUUAUGUAACAAAUCAAGCCACAAAACCUGCUGUCAUCGCAACCCCUACUGUCAUUCAGACCACCACGUCGCUGUCUCUGAGCUGGACCAAGCCUACAGGAGAGGCAGCAGGCUACAGGGUGGAGUUUCAUAACGGAGGAACAGGGAAGGACCAACUUAAUACAUCCACAACCUCUGCCAUCAUAGAGAGCCUGACCCAAGGGACCCAGUACACACUCAAGGUCAUUGCCAUCGCCCAGGACAAGAUAACAGAAGGCGACCCUCGCACAGUAUACGUAUACACAAAGCCCGGAGUUGUCGGCAACCUCAGUGUGAUUGGAACCACAACAUCGUCUGUGUAUCUGAGCUGGACUCAACCAAAGGGAAACAGUUCAUUCUAUAGAGUAGAGGGGACUGGUGUCAGUAUGAAUACCACAAGAACCUCCACUACCAUCACUGGGCUGACUGCUGGAGUGCAGUACAGCUUCACAGUCACUGCAGUGGCUGGAGAUAAAACAACUGUAGGAGAAGGCAAUACAACAACCACUUUUACAAACCCUAAACAACCUGGGAACAUUGUGGCUACGGGAUCAGGGACCAGUCAGCUGAAUGUAACCUGGACCUUGCCUGGAGGGAGCGUGGACCAAUACAAUGUGAACAUCUCUAAUUCUGCUUUAAACUAUACAUCCAGCCAAACCACACAGACCACAAUGGCCAGCUUCACUGGGCUACAGUCAGGGAGGGUCUAUGAGGUCACAGUGACUGCUGUAGCUGGACAAUUCUGUAACCAGUCUGCUACGGGUCAGUUAGCCACUGUACCCAACCCACCUGGACCCCUCAACAUUACAGAGAGGACAACCAGCUCCCUCUCUGUCCAAUGGAAAACUCCUGGUCUAAUGACUGGUGCGCCGGGCAUCUCCUAUAACAUUAGCUACCAUUCCACUGGGACUGGAGCAAGCGGCCAGUCUACCUCUAGUCUCAGACUUAACCUGCUCUCUUUGUCCUCUGGAACGCUCUACACCAUCACAGUGAUAACCGUGGGACCACAGGAUCUGGGAAGCGCCCCUGUGAAUACAUCUGGAUAUACUUUGCCAAAACCAGUGGUGAACCUCACAGCGAGCCCGUUGUCCACCUCCUCAGUGAAGCUACGGUGGACUGACCCUGUGGAUGUUAAGUCCUACUACUCCUACAGAGUCCAGUACAGCAACGCUACAGGCCCUGUUGGAGAGAAAACAGUCAAUACAAGCUUCGCGGACGUCCCUGGCCUAGAACCUGGGACUGGCUAUACCUUCACUGUUACAACAGUAGCAGCAGCGGGAAGCGACGGAAUUUCAGAACACACGUUCAACUACACAAAGCCCAAGGCGGUCAGUAACCUUGUGGUCGAGGAUCUGAACACAACCGCUAUCAAGCUUUCCUGGUCCCAACAGGACGACCACAAACCCACCUACUCCUAUCUGGUGACCGUCUCCAAGAGGGGUUCUAUGGUUGCGAAUGUGUCAACCACGGUCGAGAGCUACACCUUCACCCAUCUCCAGCCUGGGGACAGUUACACCUUCUCUGUGGUCACGGUCGUCCAGGGGGUUAAGUCUGACUCAGUAGAGACGUCUAGCUACACAAAACCUGGGGUGGUGACGAACAUCGCCACAACAGGAACAACCACCACAAUGAAUGUGACCUGGGAUGCCGCUGUGGGACAGGUGGACUCCUACACCGUCACAAUCUACAACGACAACGUGAUGGAAAACAGCCACACCAUUUCCAAUGACUCUCUAGAAUUAGUGUUCCAAAACCUGAAACCAGGGAAAGUCUAUGUUGUCAGAGUGGUCACCAACAGUGGACCGCUCACUGAGGCAUCACUGAAUGUUACAAAUGCAACGUAUCCCAACCCUCCCGGAACCCAGAUGGUGGAGGACCAGACCACUGGUUCCAUCAACAUCAGCUGGGCCCGGCCCCUGGACAUGAACCUGGGUCAGUACCGGUUCUCUGUGUCCUACCUGGGCCAGCAUAACCUGACAGAACACAACUGGAUCCUCCUGGAGAACCUCCAGUCUGGAACACUCUACAACAUCACUGUGGUAACCGUAGGGCCGUUGGACUACCAGAGCACAGCGGUGACGACAGCCAACUAUACCAGGCCCCACUCUGUGAGCGGGUUGACAGAGGCAGGAAUCACCCCUACCGAUGUGACUCUAGUCUGGGAUCAGCCGGAGAACAAAGAUGGCUACUCCUUCAAGGUGGAGGUAACCUACCCCAACGGGUCCCUUUUCAUCUCAGUCACGGUCAACAACACCAAAAGAAUUGUCACCGGACUACAGUCGGGGAGCAACUACACCUUUACCGUGACAACGCUCACAGAGGACGGCACCAUGGCAACCCCUGUGAAAGUGUUCUAUUACACAAGACCAUAUCCCAUUAGUGGGUUGUUGGCGCCUACAGUAAACGCAACUGGUGUACGUCUGACCUGGACCAAGCCACCUCAGUACCAGAGUGGUUACACAUACCGUAUCCAGACCGAGGGGUGCGUGUCUACUCCCACAAACCACACAGUGACAGGAGAGGAAGCCGUCAUUCCAGAACUCACACCGGGAACCAAUUGCACCUUCCGUGUUUCCGUCAAGGCACAGGACGGUAUAGAGGGAGGCACCGUCUCAAUCUUUCAGUACACAGAGCCUGAGUCUGUCCAGCCAUCCAUCUCCAACAACGGUAGCACCAAUACCAUGGUGGUGAGCUGGGCGGCACCACCAGGGAAUGUGGGGCAGUAUGUGGUCCGUCUGAACAGCACUGACCAGGUCUUUACCCCCGUAUGGCUGAACUCCAACCAGCAGACACACACCUUCAGAUACCUGUCAGCUGGGAGAGAGUACACAGCCGUGGUGACCACUAUCAGUGGUCCCUUCAAUGAAACAUCAGGACCUGUAACUACAGCAACUCAACCCAACCCGCCUGGGCCCAUCGUGAUCUUGGAGAAGACUACUAGUUCCGUCACUGUGGAGUGGGGUGAAGCUCCUCUGAUGGCCAACAUCACCUUCAGUUACCUGGUGAAGUACCUGUCGACGCAGCUAGACAACAAGACGGUCACUACUACAAACACAAGUCAAACACUGCCCAGCCUGUCCUCUGGAACACCCUACAAUAUGUCUGUGGUUACAGUGGGAGUGCUAGGCUUCCACAGUGAGGAGAUCUGGAGCAGUUUGGUCACAACCAGACCAGAGAGUGUCCAGUCACUGAGUGCAGUGACAGCCGAGGUGAACCUAACAUUGACCUGGUCAAAGCCUGUAGGUCACAAACCAGGCUACAGCUACAGAGUGACCUGGACCAACUCCACUGGGUUAAUCAUCAGUAAUAGAACCACAGCUAUGGAAAACCUGCCCGUCAAUGGAUUGGUCCCUGGGAGUCCGUAUAACUUCACCGUAACAACACAGACAGAUGACGGAACAGAGGGAGCUCCAGUCUCAACCUCCAGCUGCACCAAUGCCAGCCCUGUGUCCAACUUGAAGUGUGCCUCUCCUAAUGACCCCAACGCCAAGCUGAAUCUGUCCUGGACCAAACCCAAAGGACUGCACCAGGGCUUUCAGAUCACUGCUAAGGAAACCAUCCAACUCCCUCAGGGCCAGGUAUACAAUAAGACAAUUGGUGACUGUAACCCAGCCUGUGGUCACACAGUCCCUGACCUGAAGCACUAUACAGACUACACCCUGACCGUGACCACUCUGGGCUGUGGGAAAACCAGCACCGUCCAAAGCCUCACCUGCAAGACUGGCAUUACUGUCCCUUCUAUCCCAGCUGACGUUGAGUCCCUAGUCAGUGUCACAGCGAAGGAUCACAACUCCUUCUCUGUACAGCUGACUCCCAGUCUCCUGGACAGCACCAAUGGACCAAUCAAACACUACGGCGUGUUGGUGACCUCAGACAUCAACAAUGUAGAUCAGUCUAACUCGUCGCAGUACUUAGUGAAGACUUAUCAGGACUGGGAAGCAGGCUCUACUACUGCAUACCUGGCUACGGUCAAAGACAACACUAACAACAGCCGGAGGAGGAGACGUGCAGGAAACAUUGACAUUUACAUAGGGGACAAAACCUCAUGGAAGGGCUAUACCAAUGGCCAACUGAAGGCCAAACGAGAGUACAGGUAUGCCAUUGUUUUAUUCACUGAAAUGGUGGUAGAGCAGAAUGGGCUUCUGAACGUCGGUUCGUCACUCGUCGUGAUAUCUCUGUUUAACUCAAAUUCAUUGUACCUCCCUCAGGACCCAGCGGUCACCAGUGUGGCUGUCGGGGCAACGCUUGGAGUUUUUGUCAUCCUCGUCAUCAUUACUGCCGGCUUCAUCAUCUACUGGAGGAGACAAAGCAAGAAGGACUCUUCAGACAUCCAGAUUCACUCUAUGAGCAGAACCGUUGUUGUGAGGGUGGAGGACUAUGAGGCUUAUUACAAGAAGCAGAGAGCAGACUCCAACUGUGGUUUCGCUGAGGAGUUUGAGGACCUGAAGCUAGUGGGAACAGCCCAAGCAAAAACCAGCGCUUUGGCCAUGGAGAACAAGUCUAAGAACCGCUACAACAAUGUGCUUCCCUAUGAUUCCUCUAGAGUGAAACUGUCCAUCCAUGGAAGUCCAUUUGACGACUACAUCAAUUCUAACUACAUCCCGGGUUACAACUCCAGGAAGGAGUUUAUUGCGGCCCAGGGUCCUUUGCCCGGCACUGUCAACGAGUUCUGGAGGAUGAUCUGGGAGAAGAAUGUCCAGACUCUGGUCAUGCUGACACGCUGUAACGAACAGGGACGAGUCAAAUGUGAGGAAUACUAUCCAUCUGAGACCAAGCACUUUGAGAAUAUCACCGUGACAACCACCUCUGAGAUCCCCCUAGAAGACUGGACCAUCAGGGACUUUUACAUAAAAAAUGUGAAGACGGUUGAGACACGCUCAGUACGUCACUUCCACUUCACAGCCUGGCCAGACCACGGCGUCCCCGAGACCACCGAGCUGCUCAUCAACUUCAGACACCUGGUUCGAGAACACAUGGACCAGUACUCACGCCACUCCCCCACCAUCGUCCACUGCAGUGCGGGUGUGGGCCGUACAGGCACCUUCAUAGCCAUCGACCGGCUGAUCUUCCAGAUAGAGAGGGAGAGUAUGGUGGACGUUUACGGCACCAUCCACGACCUGCGCAUGCACCGGCCCCUCAUGGUGCAGACAGAGGAGCAGUAUGUGUUCCUAAACCAGUGUGCCAUGGACAUCAUCCGAUCCAGAACUGGAACCAACGUGGAUUUAAUCUACCAGAACACGGCUGCGCUCACCAUCUACGAGAACGUAGAACCCAGGAAGGAUCCAUCUAAGAAUGGCUACCACAACGCGUAG